UUGACCAAUAAUCAUGUUACCCAAUGGUGACAAUGGAAAAGGGUCUGAAGCAUCCACCUCCACUGCUGGAUUGUCACAAACAUGUUGUCAGUUCGAGUUUGAUGAAAUUCUGUUAGCAACAGAAAAUUUUAAUGAAUCAUUAAUAGUUGGGAAAGGUGGUUUUGGGAAAGUAUACAAAGGCAAUAUUAGGAUAGGAACAUCCCAUGUUGAUGUUGCAAUCAAAAGGUUGGAUUUGGUAUCAAACCAAGGGGCAACAGAGUUCUGGGCUGAAGUUGAAAUGCUUUCCAAGUUGCGUCAUGCUUAUUUGGUGUCUUUAAUUGGUUAUUGUAAUUAUGAAAAAGAAAUGAUCCUUGUGUAUGAAUACAUGCCCUAUGGAACACUUGAAGAUCGUCUACAUAAACUCGAUAUCCCUCUUUCUUGGAUUGAGCGACUCAAGAUUUGCAUAGGUGCGGCCCGUGGCUUAGACUACCUUCACACUGGUACAGGUACUGAGGUUGGUGUUAUACAUAGAGAUGUCAAGAGCUCUAAUAUUUUGUUACAUGAAAGUUGGACGGCAAAGAUUUCAGAUUUUGGGUUGGCUAGAGUAGGUCCAAUAAACAAACCAUCAACUUAUGUCAACACACUUGUUAAAGGCACUUUUGGGUAUAUUGAUCCAAAUUAUUUCGCCACUGGAAAGUUGACAAGGAAGUCUGAUGUGUAUGCUUUUGGAGUUGUAUUGUUUGAAGUGUUGUGUCAAAAGCGACCAUUGGAUGAGACUUUUGAAUGUGGCCUAGCAACAUGGAUACAAGACUCAAUUAAAGAAGGGAACUUAAAGCAAAUAGUUUAUUCGGGUAUACGAAGUGAGAUAUCUCCAAAAUGUUUAAAAGGGUUUGCUCGGAUAGCUGAAAGAUGCUUGAAUAAUCAUCCAAAUCACCGUCCUACCAUGACUGAGAUUGUCUUUAAUCUUGAAUCUCUACUGGCUCAAUCUGUAUUGUUCUCGCAACAAAAAACCAGUAAUUGGUUGCAAGCUCCAGGCAAGAUAUUUGGAAAAAUAUUUGAUGUGUUUCCCUCUAACUCCCCUGGUGAAAACUUAGGUACUCCAAUCUCUCGUGGUGAAAACUCAAGUACUCCAAUCUCACGUGGUGAAAACUCAAGUAAUCCAAUAUCUCGUGAUGAAGAAUCAAGUACUCCAAUCUCUCGUAGUGAAAACUCAAGUACUUCAAUCUCUUGUGGUGAAGACUCAGCUAGUAUGAGAGAGCCAAGGACCGGUGGAGCUGCAAAAAAUGAGGUUCCUCAAAAACAAUUGACGUUGUUAUUAUUGGACGAGCUAAAUAAGAUCACGGAGAAUUUUGGUAGAAAGUCUUUCAUUGAUGAAGGUUCUGAAUAUUUUCAUGUUUUCCGUGGAAAACUAAGCAAUGGGGAAGAGGUGAUCAUAAAGAAGUUCAAUACCAGCUCUUUUACAGAUUCCGAGUCUGAUUUUAAAGAAAAAUUGUCCAUGAUUUCAAGACUUAAGAACGAGUAUUUAUCUCAACUGUUCGGUUAUUGCUUGGAGAAAAGGAAUCGAAUCUUGGUGUAUCAAUGUUCAACCAUGGGUUGUUUGCAUGAUAUAUUACAUGGGAGACGAGGUGGUGAAGGUGAUGAACCUGGUCUGAUUCUGAAUUGGGCCCAGAGAGUAAAAGUUGCUUAUGGUGCAGCAAGAGGACUUGAGUAUCUACAUGAACAGGUUCAUCCUCCAAUAGUUCAUUGUGAUGUAAGGUCAAGCAAUGUCCUUGUGUUUGAUGAUUUUGAAUCCAAAAUAGUCUAUUUCAGCUUGAGCAAUUUCUCUUCUGACAACGCAGCUCGGCGGUAUAAUGAGGUGCAUCCAAGAAUGUUGGCCCGGUUGGAAAGUUACCAUCCCCCCGAGUACGCUAUGACAGGACAGAGAACUCAGAAGAGUGAUGUGUACAGCUUUGGGGUUGUUCUUUUAGAACUCUUGACAGGAAGGAAACCUGUUGAUGACACAAUGCCUAGAGGACAGCAAAGUCUUAUUACAUGGGCAACUCCAAGAUUGAGCGAGGAUAAAGUAAAGCAGUGCGUUGAUCCCAGAUUAAACGAUGAUUUCCCUCCAAAGGCAGUUGCGAAGAUGGCAGCUAUAGCAGCACUGUGUGUCGAAUAUCAAGCAGAUUUUCGGCCACAUAUGAACCUCGUGAUCAAGGCGAUGCAGCCACUUCUCAACUCAAAACCAGCAGCCUCCGAGUCCUGGCCCUAG